GCCGCUGUCCGCGCGCACCUCUCCAUCCAGCCAGGACGCGCUCCCGCUCCCCGGUCACAGCCGCUGCCCGGGGCUUGAAGCCACCAAUUAGAGGAGCUGAACCCGAGAGAUGCGCACUUAAUUAACUUCAUCUCUUUCCUUUUUGCCGUCCUCAAAGCCCCUCUGUCCUCCGUCACAAUUCCCCUCCAGAGCGGCUCCGCGGGUUUUCUGUCAUCCGUUCGUCCCCGAAGCGCGCGGAGGAAGUGGCCGGUGGUCUUCCUGGUGAGCGCCGUCGCGAUGGUCCUGCUGGCUCUGGCCGUCGCCGUCCCGCUGCUGCUGCUCCGCACCUCCGAGACCUCCGCUCAUUACUAUGAGAUGAUGGGCACCUGUCGGAUGGUGUGCGACCCGUACACCCCGAAACCGGGAAGCGCCACCGCCAUGGAGGUGAUCCAGAAUGUGAAUGGGGUAGCUCCGCAUCCGCCCAUGGCGCAGGGGAGCCGCGGGGAGCCAGGGCGACCGGGUAAACCGGGAUCAAGGGGCCCACCGGGAGAACCAGGACCCCCAGGUCCGAGGGGGCCACCGGGAGAGCGCGGCGACAGUCGACUCGCCUUCCCAGCGAUAACCGGACUUGGUGGGGGUGAGAACGCUGAACCGGACGGUGUGAACUCCACAGGCAACAGUUACAGGAUCGCUUUUUACGUGGGUCUGAAGAACCCGCAUGAGGGAUAUGAGGUGUUAAAGUUUGACGACGUGAUUACAAACUUAGGGAACCACUACGACGCGAGCACCGGGAAGUUCACCUGCCAUGUGUCCGGGAUCUAUUUCUUCACCUACCAUGUGUUGAUGCGGGGAGGAGACGGCACCAGCAUGUGGGCCGACCUGUGCAAAAACGGACAGGUACGAGCCAGUGCCAUAGCUCAAGACGCAGACCAGAACUACGACUACGCCAGCAACAGCGCUGUGCUGCACUUGGACUCUGGAGACGAGAUCUACGUCAAACUGGACGGCGGCAAAGCUCACGGAGGCAACAACAACAAGUACAGCACCUUCUCCGGCUUCAUCUUAUACCCCGAUUAAACCACACGGCAGCAGCUCCAUGGACAGUGAUCACAGCUGAAAACUGUUUCCAUUAAAGUGUACGGUCCAAUAUGUUUCUCCUCUUUUGAAGAUAGGUGCCACAACACACAGGCUUAUCUGUAUGUUCUGUUCAUUUAGUGAGGGACCCUUUGUGUGUUUGGUUUCACUUAAGUUCAGAUGCUCUACUGUCAUCAGAGUAUCUUACAACUGCAGACCUACAGUAACACCCCAUGUACGCUCUGAGCUGAGAAAGUCGUGUUUCCUAAGUUUACUAAAUUGCUUUGGGGAAAUGAGCUCCAGUAAAGGUCUUACUGGCUGCUCAGUGUGUGUGUGUUAACGGUAUCUAAUAUUUCAGACUGGCCUGAUGAAAGAAAUCCAUUAAAAUCGAGAGAUAAACUAAAAGUCAGAGCAGCUGUUUUCAGAGUACACCUUGGCCAGCGGUGUUUGGACCUAAGGCCCGGUCACACCAGUUCAUUUCAAUGGAAUCGCCAUGAUGAGAUGAUUCUCUUGUGGGGAAAAUACAAAUAUUUUAAAGAUAUUUUAACCUUUGUGAACUAUGACUCAGUGGAAAUCUCAGAGUUCAAGAGUUGUGACGUGUUUGCUGACAUUUUCAGAAAUAGCAGAGGUCAUGAAAGUCCAUUUUUCAGUGGACGGUUAGUUAAUAUAUUGUAAUGUUAGUCAUAUAUUGUUUUUCUUUGUAAUUUUAUAUGUCUGAGGAAAAUGUCGGCAUUCCCAGCAGCCGUAUCUUUUUCCUAUUUCAUUAUGUCUCAGCAUUUCCUGCUUGAUGUUACUUGCUUGCUAAUAUGUCACUAUGUCAUCAAGCUUCUACAACCAAGCCCCCAGGAAGUGCACUGGGCUUUAAAGUCAGUUUUCCUUGUGGCCAAGCAGUGGAAUUACAACUUCUGGAUCCAUCUGGGAUGCCAUGGGACACAAAAAAACAGUUUUCCAUUGACUUACAUUGUAAAAGAGACAUCUGUAAAUCAGUGGUUAAAUUUUUUUUCAGUGUCACAACUAUCGAUUUGAUGCAUUCAGUCCGAUAACAUUUUAGAAGUAUAGAAGAGCCGCAAUAAUUUCAUCCCCAUUCAAGUUAGCGGAGAGCUAAACGAAGAUUAGCCAGUCUGGCCGGUGGAAAUUAGCCACUAUGCUCUAUGGACCCACCCAAUCAGAAGACAGUCAAACUCUUUUGGCUUUAUGUGCAACUGAGCAACUUUCAUCGGAGUGACCAGGGCAUCUCCAGUUCUAUUUAUACAUCCACGAGUUGUGCAGAUCAAACACUCUCUGGUGUGACCAGGCCUUUAUUUGGUAACUAAACUACCGACAUUCUGAGCCACAUGAUUUUAAAAAAGCCCGAUCUCCAGUUAUUUUUCUUUCUUUUCUUUUUUGCUCCAAAGCAGAACGAGCAACAACUCAAACAGACAUACUGUAGCCAAUGUCUUUCUCCCCAUGAUUCACCUGCCACACACCUGAACUGGAUAAGCCAGGCCUGUUUCAGAUGAUACGAUCAGUUGGUGCGAUGACGUCAGUGGAACACAUUAGAUAAGAUGCAAACAAUCUAGGCCAUCUUGAUUGCUAUAGCUAUAGCAAAACCGUGGUGCUUUGAGUCGUGUUCAGUGUUUCACUCAAUAACCCAAUAGCCGCACAUGAGAGAUA